AAUGGCAAACCCGAAACCACCAUAUCAUUACAACACGACUUAUAAUACCUACUUUUAUCCGUCUAAGAGGCCCCCCGACGGCGUAGACGCGAUCGUAGAGAUCAACACAAUACCAAGUGCGAACGGUCAUGUUAAAAAUAGUAGCAAGGAUGCGAGUGAUUUCUUAAUGCUAGUCGAUGAUUUUAGUGAUUAUUUUUAUGGGAACGCGAGUCACGACGUAUUCACGAUAAACAACAGCAGCAUAGACGUCUUGAACGAUGUGUACACGAACUGCACUUUCAACGGGACGUUUAACGUGUCGUGUUUCGGGCGGGGCGACGUGCCGCCGCAGUACAAUUUCUGGGCGCUGCUGCUGUUGAUCUUCCCGUUUUUUACGCUGUUCGGUAAUGUGCUAGUGAUAAUGAGUGUAGUGAGGGAGAGGACGCUUCAGACGGUGACUAACUACUUCAUCGUGAGCCUCGCGUUAGCGGAUCUGCUGGUGGCAGUCGUCGUGAUGCCAUUUGGAGUAUAUUAUUUGGUAAGCUUAGAGAUAAAAUAG